UGCAAACUGUCAACAACAGCGAGUCGAGCGUUCCAAAGCAGCAGCAGUAGCAGCAGUAGCAGCAGAAGACCUUUUUAUGGCGCCGACUGCCCAUCGUUUCUGCAAAUGGAAGAAAGAACUACAAUCGUAUAACUGGAGCUUUUGCUGAAUAUUCAGCCAAACAAAAUAACAAUCAGCUGAACCAAUACUAGAAAAUAAAAGACGGAGCAACGCUGCAGCCCCUCUCUUCCUUCAGUCCCGUCCUUUCUGUCUCGCCACCUUGACCUGCCUCUGCUGUGCAGUCGAAGCAGCGGGGUCCUCGUCCCUCGCCGCAGGCCUCGGGCCCUCCCAUCGGCGGCCCGCUCCGGCCGUUUGCUGGUGUCUGAUGGCGCGGUGGGAUGCUAAGGGCAGCCGCGGGAGACUGUGAUGUCAGAGCCCAACAGCCCGGGUGAGAGCCAGCGUGGCGCUCCCAGAUUCUACGUGGGCUGCGAGGACGAUGAGAGCGAGGUGCAGGAGGACAGCAUGAGGACAGACAUGGACCUGUAUGAGGAUGACGAAGACACGCCCCCGGAGCGACAGAUCGUGGUGGGGAUCUGCUGCAUGAUGAAGAAGUCCAAGUCCAAGCCAAUGACCCAGAUUCUGGAGAGGCUGUGCCGGUUCGAGUACAUCACCGUGGUCAUCUUCCCAGAGGACACCAUCCUCAACGAGCCUGUGGACAAAUGGCCGCUGUGUGACUGCCUCAUCUCCUUCCACUCCAAAGGAUUCCCUCUGGACAAUGCGGUGAGCUACGCCAAACUGAGGAGCCCUCUAUUCAUCAACGACCUGAACAUGCAGUACUAUAUUCAGGACAGGAGAGAAGUGUAUCGGAUCCUACAGGAGGAGGGGAUCGAGCUGCCGCGUUACGCUGUGCUGAACCGCGACCCAGCUAAACCAAAUGAGUGUAACCUGGUGGAAGGGGAGGACCAUGUGGAGGUGAACGGGGAAAUCUUCCAGAAACCUUUUGUGGAGAAGCCCGUUUGUGCUGAGGACCACAACGUCUACAUCUACUACCCCACAUCAGCAGGCGGCGGCAGCCAGAGACUCUUCAGAAAGAUCGGGAGCCGGAGCAGCGUCUACUCUCCAGAGAGCAGCGUGAGGAAGACUGGCUCCUACAUUUAUGAAGAGUUCAUGCCGACUGACGGCACGGAUGUUAAGGUGUACACCGUCGGGCCGGACUACGCCCACGCCGAGGCCCGGAAGUCUCCUGCGCUGGAUGGGAAGGUGGAGCGCGACAGCGAGGGGAAGGAGGUCCGUUACCCCGUCAUACUCUCGGCCAUGGAGAAACUGGUGGCCCGGAAAGUCUGCUUGGCUUUCAAGCAAACGGUGUGCGGCUUCGACCUGCUCCGAGCCAACGGACACUCCUAUGUUUGUGACGUGAACGGUUUCAGCUUCGUCAAGAACUCGAUGAAAUACUACGACGACUGCGCCAAGAUCCUCGGGAACAUCGUGAUGCGAGAGCUGGCGCCUCAGUUCCAGAUUCCCUGGUCGAUCCCAACGGAGGCAGAGGACAUCCCGAUUGUUCCCACCACUUCAGGGACCAUGAUGGAGCUACGCAGUGUCAUCGCUGUCAUCCGUCAUGGAGACAGAACGCCCAAACAGAAGAUGAAGAUGGAAGUUCGCAACCCCAUGUUCUUUGAUCUGUUUGAAAAAUAUGACGGAUACAAAACAGGAAAGUUGAAACUCAAGAAGCCGAAACAGCUGCAGGAGGUGCUGGACAUCACCCGGCAGCUGCUGAUUGAUCUGGGGCAGCGCAACGACUGCGAGAUCGAAGAAAAGAAGUCCAAACUGGAGCAGCUGAAGACGGUUUUAGAAAUGUACGGUCACUUCUCUGGGAUCAACAGGAAAGUGCAGCUGACUUACCUGCCCCAUGGGCAGCCGAAAACCUCCAGCGAAGACGAAGACACACGUAAGGAAGGUCAGUCCCUACUGCUGGUGCUGAAGUGGGGAGGAGAGCUGACUCCUGCUGGCCGGGUGCAGGCGGAGGAGCUGGGCAGAGCCUUUCGCUGCAUAUACCCUGGCGGUCAAGGAGACUAUGCUGGAUUUCCGGGCUGCGGGUUGCUACGGUUACACAGCACCUACAGACACGACCUGAAGAUCUACGCGUCGGACGAAGGCCGGGUGCAGAUGACGGCGGCUUCCUUCGCAAAGGGCCUGCUGGCUCUGGAGGGGGAGCUGACGCCCAUCCUGGUGCAGAUGGUGAAGAGCGCCAACAUGAACGGGCUGCUGGACAACGACAGCGACUCGCUGAGCAGCUGCCAGCACCGCGUCAAGGCCCGGCUGCACGAGAUCCUGCAGCGGGACCGCGAGUUCAACGACGAGGACUACGACCGGCUGGCCCCGACCUGCGCUACGUCUCUUUUGAAUUCAAUGAAAACAGUGAAGAACCCGGUGGCCACAUGUGAUGAGGUCUACACACUCAUUCAGAGCCUCACCUCUCAGAUCCGCACCAGAAUGGAGAACCCAAACUCUUCCAACCUGCAGCUCUACCACAGCGAGACUCUGGAGCUGAUGCUGCAGCGCUGGAGCAAGCUGGAGAAGGAUUUCCGCAUGAAGAACGGCCGCUACGACAUCAGCAAGAUCCCCGACAUCUACGACUGCGUGAAGUAUGACGUCAUUCACAACGCCACGCUCGGCCUGAAGGACACGCAGGAGCUGUUCCGGCUGUCGCGAGCGCUAGCCGACAUCGUCAUCCCGCAGGAGUACGGCAUAAAUAGAGCUGAGAAGCUGGACAUAGCUUACGCUUACUGCCUCCCUCUGGUCAGGAAGAUCCAGCUUGACCUGCAGAGGACGCACGGAGACGAGUUUGUCAACAAGCUUCAUCCUCUGUAUUCUCGUGGCGUUUUGUCACCUGGCCGUCAUGUCAGGACUCGGUUAUAUUUCACCAGUGAGAGCCACGUCCACUCCCUGCUCAGCAUCUUCCGAUACGGAAGCCUGCUCGACGAGGAGAAGGACCAGCAGUGGAAACGCGCCAUGGAUUACCUCAAUGAGGUCGCCGAACUCAACUACAUGACACAGAUUGUCAUCAUGCUCUACGAAGACAACAAUAAGGACAUUUCCUCUGAGGAGCGGUUCCACGUGGAGCUCCACUUCAGCCCCGGCGUUAAGGGCGUGGACGAGGACGAGCACGUGCCGCACGGAUUCGGCUUCAGACCCGCCUCAUCAGAGGUGACGCGACAGAACGGGCAGAAGAAGGAGGAGCGCAGCAGUCUGGAGGACCUGACGCGAGACGAAACGGACCGCGCCGUUCCCGCGUCGGAGCCGAUCACCAUUCAGAAGCGGUCGCCGCUCAUUCGCAAUCACAAAACCGGAUCAAUGGAGGUCCUCUCAGAAACCUCCUCCUCUAAAGUCGGCAACUACCGUCUCUUCUCCAUCUCACGUCAGUCUCCAGAGAUGAAACAAAGCGGCUUAGGCUCUCAGUGCGCCGGACUCUUCAGCACCACCGUCCUCGGUGGCUCCUCUAGCGCCCCUAACCUGCAGGACUACGCACGUGCACACCGCAAAAAAUACUCCACCACCAGUCUGUCCUACAAAGACGAGCAAAUUAGAAGAGAUGAGGCCAGGAGAAUUGAGAGGGGAAGGAAACAGGGAGCAGCAAUAGAACAAAAGAGAAGAGAUCAGGUCAGGAGGAUUGACAGAGGAAAGAAACUUGACUCAGUAUCAGAACUCAGUAAAAGAGAGGCGGCCAAGAAAAGAGAGAAGGAUAAAAAAGAGGAAUUAGUAGAGCUCAGUAAAAGAGAGGUGGCCAAAAAAAGUGAGAAACGAGAAAAACGUUGGAAAAGUGAGACAGAUAAAACAGAGGAAUCAGAAUACAGUGGAAAAGAGGAGGCCAAGAAACGUGAGAAAAGAGAGAGGGAUAAAAAAGAGGAAUCAGAACUCGGUAAAAGAGAGGUCGUCAAGAAACGUGAGAGAAGUAAAACAGAGGAAUCGGAACAGAGUGGAAAAGAGGAGAGUAAGAAAAGUGAGAAACGUGAAAAACGUGAGAAAAGAGAGAAAAGUGAGGAGGAAAAAAAAGAGGGAUCAGAACUCAGUAAAAGAGAUGUGGCCAAGAAAAGUGAGAAACAUGAGAAAAGUGAGACAGAUAAAGCAGAGGAACCAGAACAGAGUGGAAAAGAGGAAACUAAGAAAAGUGAGAAAACAAAGGAACCAGUACAACUAGGGAAAAGAGAGGUGGCCAAGAAAAGUGAGAAACGUCAAAAAAUUGAGGAGGAUAAAAAAGAGGAACCAGAACAGAGUGGAAAAGAGGAGGCCAAGAAAAGUGAGAAAAGAGAGAGGGAUAAAACAGAGGAACCAGUAGAACUCAGUAAAAGAGAUGUGGCCAAGAAAAGUGAGAAACAUGAGAAAAGUGAGACAGAUAAAGCAGAGGAACCAGUAGAACAGAGUGGAAAAGAGGAAACUAAGAAAAGUGAGAAAAUUGAGGAAGAUAAAAAAGAGGAACCAGAACAGAGUGGAAAAGAGGAGGCCAAGAAAAGUGAGAAAAGAGAGAGGGAUAAAACAGAGGAACCAGUAGAACUCAGUAAAAGAGAUGUGGCCAAGAAAAGUGAGAAACAUGAGAAAAGUGAGACAGAUAAAGCAGAGGAACCAGUAGAACAGAGUGGAAAAGAGGAAACUAAGAAAAGUGAGAAAAUUGAGGAAGAUAAAAAAGAGGAACCAGUAGAACUCAGUAAAAGAGAGGUGGCCAAGAAAAGUGAGAAACAUGAGAAAAGUGAGACAGAUAAAACAGAGGAACCAGUAGAACAGAGUGGAAAAGAGGAGGCCAAGAAAAGUGAGAAAAGAGAGAGGGAUAAAACAGAGGAACCAGUAGAACUCAGUAAAAGAGAUGUGGCCAAGAAAAGUGAGAAACAUGAGAAAAGUGAGACAGAUAAAGCAGAGGAACCAGUAGAACAGAGUGGAAAAGAGGAAACUAAGAAAAGUGAGAAAAUUGAGGAAGAUAAAAAAGAGGAACCAGAACAGAGUGGAAAAGAGGAGGCCAAGAAAAGUGAGAAAAGAGAGAGGGAUAAAACAGAGGAACCAGUAGAACUCAGUAAAAGAGAUGUGGCCAAGAAAAGUGAGAAACAUGAGAAAAGUGAGACAGAUAAAGCAGAGGAACCAGUAGAACAGAGUGGAAAAGAGGAAACUAAGAAAAGUGAGAAAAUUGAGGAAGAUAAAAAAGAGGAACCAGAACAGAGUGGAAAAGAGGAGGCCAAGAAAAGUGAGAAAAGAGAGAGGGAUAAAACAGAGGAACCAGUAGAACUCAGUAAAAGAGAUGUGGCCAAGAAAAGUGAGAAACAUGAGAAAAGUGAGACAGAUAAAGCAGAGGAACCAGUAGAACAGAGUGGAAAAGAGGAAACUAAGAAAAGUGAGAAAAUUGAGGAAGAUAAAAAAGAGGAACCAGUAGAACAGAGUGGAAAAGAGGAAACUAAGAAAAGUGAGAAAAUUGAGGAAGAUAAAAAAGAGGAACCAGUAGAACUCAGUAAAAGAGAUGUGGCCAAGAAAAGUGAGAAACAUGAGAAAAGUGAGACAGAUAAAACAGAGGAACCAGUAGAACAGAGUGGAAAAGAGGAAACUAAGAAAAGUGAGACAGAUAAACCAGAGGACUCAGAAGAUGGUGGAAAUGCUGAAGAUGAAAAUAGAAAGAAAGACAGUGCACCAGAAGAUGAAGAUCCUGAGUUGUUGUCUAUGCCGGCAGUAAAACGAUUUUCUGUGUCGUUUGCAAAGCAUCCGACUAAUGGGACACAAGACGACUCGUCCACCGUCGCAUCGUCUGCGUCCCGCUUGUGCAGUUGGACAGAGUCCGUGGAGGAACACCAUGUGGCCCAGUUGUUGAGGUUUUUAUCCACCGACCUCAGCUCGGGCUGCCGCCAGCUCUCUCUGGACCACGCUCUGGCCCACCACCUCCACCAGUGCUCCUACCACCUGCGCCUCUUCCGAAACUGGCUCAUCUCCGGCCAGGACCCCCUAGAGUGCCUCCACGGCUUCGAAGGAUGCUCCAUGGUGCCCUCCAUCUACCCGCUGGAGACGCUGCACAACUCGCUGUCGCUCAGGCAGGUCAACGAGUUCCUCACCAGAGUCUGCGAGAGCGCCGGGGAUACGCACACCAGGACCUCCAGAGCUCUGUCGGCCAUGUUGGGAGCUCACAAUCAGCCAGACAUCCCUCAGAGGAUCCUGACGACCUCCAUGUCGCUCAAAUCUCGCUCCGACAGACCUCCGUGGUACAGCAGCGGUCCGUCCAGCACGGUUUCCAGCGCCGGCCCGUCCUCCCCCACCACGGCCGACACUUCGCCGCGGUUCAGCUUCAGCGACAAGGUUUCGCUCACCCCGCAGAGCAGCGAGGAAACCCACUCCUCCCAAAACGCCUCCGCCCAGCCGCUGCCCGCCGAAGUCCCGCUGACUCCAAACAACUCCCCAGAGGAAGAACCCGAACCCGACAAGCAGCCCGACGACCCAGAACCGGCGGCAGACGGACAGGAGGCGUCCUGCGACACUCUAGAGCCAGUCCCGGAGCAGGGGCCGGCCUGCGUGGCACUGGCGGAGCUGAGUCUGGGCCGCAUGGAGGGCUACUGCCUGCCCGGGUCACUGCCGGUGCUGCUGGAGCUGAGGGAGAGCAGCAGCGAGGCCGGGUCCAGCUCGCAGACGCCCCAGUCCCCUGAGGGGCCCGACGAGUUCUUCGACACGCAGGAGUCCGUGGAGCUGUGGACGGACAGUCCCGAAAACGCCCCGCAGCCCGACACCGCCCAGGACCCAGAGCCAGCUCAGCCGGUGGAGCAGUGAACCGGCCGGUCCAGUCCGACCGGGUUUUUAAUCUAAGCUCAUCUGUUACUUACUGACAGCAGCCAUUGGGUGAAAAACCGAGCAGAGAGUCUUAAUAGCUGGGAGAAUAUAAUAAAUACUACAUUUUAAUUUGGUUUGGAAGUAGAAACACUUGUAUGUGAUCAGCUGAGCAGAUCUCUGGCGUUUAAGCAUUUUACUGCCGCUGUCUGUCCUACACUGCAAAAACACAAAAUACUAAGCAUUUUUGGUUGAGUUUCUAAUGCAAACAUCGUAAUACUUGAAAUAGGAAAAAACUAAUUUACAAACAGCUUUUCAGCAAGAAAUAAGAUGUUUUAGGUAAAUAUUUCUUUAUAUUGAUCUUAAAAAGUAUUACUACGAUUGGCAAAUUAUUUCACUUAUAACAAAACAUUUUCCCAUGUCAAAAGUUAAAUAAUCUGCCAGAGGAGCAAGUACCUUUUUUGUCAAUAUUAAGGAAUUAUUGACUUAAACCAACUGCUAUAUUUUGCUGAAAAUGUGUUUGUAAGUUAGUUUUAUAUUAAGAUUUUUGGUCUAGAAAGUAAACCACAAGUCCUUGGUAAUAUUUUGUGUUUUUGCAGUGAAUUCUCACUGAGUUUUGUUUUUCGUCAGAGUUGCUGAGAAUGUUUGUAAUCUGUAAGAAAACUGAACCAUCCUCAGUGCUGAUGGGGUUUUUUUCAGUGUGCACCGCUGAUCGCCAAAGUCCUUAACCCUCAGUGAAGAUUUAAUUUAGAGAAAAACACAGUUUUAUUUUAAAAAAGAAAUAAAAUAUUUUUAAGAACCUGCACAUUAGAUAUUUAACUGUAUAGCAUAUUCAUGGCUUUGGGUGUGUGUAUAUUUUUGUUAAAAACACAUUCAAGCCUCAUUUUAUCACUGAACAAAAAGGAGGGCAUUUUACAUUCAUUGUGCUUUUUAUUGUGAGCAGCGAUGUAGCACAGAGGCAUGCUAGCUUCCGCAGCGCUGUGUGCUGUCCUGGUACAUUUCGAUGAACUGUAGAAAAUUAAACUGCGAGUCUGCGAUCUUACUGUGUGUACAGAUAAAACACGACAUCAAUGUGAUUGGUGUCAAAUUUCUGGUCAUUUGACUCAAAUAAACAUUUUGGACUUAUCUCCA